AUGCAGUCAGUAUCGCUUUCUACAUCAUCACUAGAGCAACCAACGCAACCUGUAAGUACUGCAGCUGCGCACACACAUCAAGAAAAAUUGCCACAAGACCAAGUCAUACUAGCAACUGCAGUGGUACUCAUCCGAGAUGCGUCUGGCUGUUUUCAGUUGGGUAGAGCGCUACUCGACUCCUGCUCCCAAGUAAAUUUUAUUACCGAGGAGUUUUCCCGAAAAUUGCGCCUCCCAAGAGAAAGGCACCACGCUGAAAUCCAGAGCAUUGGGGACUCGGUAACAAAUAUUAAACACAAGACAUCAGCCACUGUCAAAUCUCGAAUGUGUGACUAUGAGACACCAUUAUCGUUCCAUGUUACCUCGCAAAUCGCUUAUCAGCCAGAGGCGGAAUUUAAUAUCACAUCUUGGAACUUGCCGGCUAACAUUGAACUCGCCGACGAAAAUUUCUUCAAGCCAACACGUGUAGACCUACUCAUCGGAACAGAAAUCUUUUUCGACAUUCUGUCUAUUGGGCAAAUAAAGUUAGCACCUGGGUUACCGUCACUACAGAAGACUUUAUUAGGUUGGGUCGUCUCUGGCCGAUAUCAACGACCUACAGAAAAUUCAUCAUCAAUUUGCCUACUUUCGGUUGAGGAAUCUGUGGAUGCCAAUUUGCAACGCCUCUGGAAGCUGGAUGAACCAUCAAAGGCAGACAUGUGGACCACUGAGCAAAGGAAUUGUGAACAAAGUUAUAUGCAAACCGUGCAGAGAAACGUCGAGGGGAGGGUUGUUGUCAAGCUACCGUUUAAAGAGGCCCCUCAUUGUCUUGGCCAGUCAUACGCAACUGCACUUCGAAGAUUUGUUGCUCAGGAGCGGCGUAUAAUACGCUGUCCUGACCUUCACCAACGAUACAUCGCAUUUAUGGAAGAGUAUUCCCGCCUUGGGCAUAUGAGCAUCGUUAAAAGGGUGGAUUUCGAUAAUCCACAUUACUAUGUGCCUCAUCAUUAUGUCCUGAAGCCAACUAGCACAACAACUAAGCUCAGGGUAGUAUUCGACGCCUCCUGCAAGAGUACAACCCAAAGGUCACUCAACGAUAUUCUUGCUGUGGGGCCUACUCUGCAGAACGAUUUAUACAUCUUGCUACUACGGUUUCGAUUAUAUCGUUACACACUUACUGCUGAUAUCGUAAAGAUGUAUAGACAAAUUUUGGUGGAUAAAAACGAUCGCAAAUUCCAAUACAUCUUAUGGAGAAGUACGCCCCACGAUGAAAUACGCACUUACCAGUUAAACACGGUAACAUAUGGUACGGCGUCCGCUCCUUAUCUCGCUGUACAGAGCCUCAACUACAUUGCUGAUGCAUACGAAUCGGAUUAUGCUCUCGGUGCCAGCACAAUUAAAACGUCAUUCUACGUUGAUGAUCUUUUAUGCGGUGCCGAUACCCUGGCAGAGCUAUCGCGAAUCAAAUACGAAGUCACGGAGAUACUAAGGCGUGGUUGUUUCCCCUUGGCGAAGUGGCAUUCAAACCACCAUAAAUUUCGAGAAGAUGACACCAUGAAAGAUUUAAAUAUCGACGAAAGUUUUACAACGAGCACUUUAGGUAUAAAAUGGGACCAAAUACGAGAUAUUUUCUUAUUCUCUUUUCAGUCGAAACAACCUGUGAAUGGACGUGGAACCAAGAGAUCAAUCUUAUCUAUUGCAUUAGCGCUUUUCGAUCCUUUGGGACUUCUCGCUCCGGUUAUUAUUACUGCAAAGAUCAUAUUACAAGAAAUAUGGCUUUUGAAGCUGAAUUGGGACGAGUCGGUGCCGCAGAACCUACAAACGGCUUGGGAACGAUUUCUCAAGGACAUAGCGCAUCUGAGUACGCUCUUAGUUCCAAGGUAUUCUGGAUCAACAAAUCAGAACUCUUUACAAAUUCAUGGGUUUUGUGAUUCGUCUAUUCGAGCCUAUGGUUGUGCAAUUUAUCUUCGCUCGAACUCAACAGAAGGCAAACGUACUGUCACCCUUUUGACUGCCAAGUCGCGUGUAGCUCCAAUUAAGAAGCAAUCGUUACCUAAACUCGAGUUGUGUGGCGCCUUGUUGUUGGCACGUCUACUAGCAAAAAUAAAACCUCUAUUCAACGCCAACACCACUGUGUUUCUGUGGACUGAUUCACAAAUUGUGCUACAUUGGCUUGAACUGCACUCAGCUACCCUAUCAACAUUCGUCGGUAAUCGAGUGUCAGAGAUUCAAGAUCUCACAGCAGAUGUAAGUUGGCGGCAUGUCCCAACAAAGUGCAACCCGGCUGAUAUCGUGUCACGAGGUUGUACUGCACUUGAACUAAGCAGUUCAAUUUGGUUUUCAGGACCAUCAUUCUUACAACUUGAACCCGAAAACUGGCCCAGCAAUCAAUGUGGCCAACUCGAUAUGGAAGAAGUUUCUCGAGAAAAACGUAAGUCAGCUUUUAAAGCAGUCAUCGAAGAAAACUACAUUUUGAAGGUGCUUGAGAGAAACAGUACAUACAAUCAUUGCCUACGAGUUGUAGCCUGGCUAUUUCGUUUUCAUCAAUUAACAAGCAGGCCGCUUGAAACUCACCUAGACAAAGGAACUCUAUUGCCUCAAGAUUUGAAGCAAGCGCUGUGGUGCAUUGUUUGGAAUGUGCAACAACAGCACUUCGCUGACGAAAUACGGCUGAUCAACCAAAACAAAACAAUAUCUGGGCAACUUAAAUUUCUCAACCCGUUUCUGCAGAUUCAUGGUGGCUUUCGUCUACUACUAGUGGGUGGGCGCCUUGAGCUAGCAGAUUUGGCAGAUUUUCAGAAACACCCUAUCAUAUUGCCAGGAAAAUGCCACUUCGUGGAGCUCUAUAUUCGACAUUUACACAUCACUCAUUACCAUGCAGGUGCUAAAGCACUGGUGGCAUUACUACGUCUUCAAUUCUGGGUCAUAAAUGCAAGAGAUGUGGCACGUCGCAUUGUGAGAUCUUGCAUACAUUGUGUAAGAUAUAAGCCGAAAUUAUUUCAGCAGACGAUGGGCAACCUUCCUGUAUCACGUCUUACGCCAUCAAGACCAUUCGCACGGUGUGGUAUAGACUUUUGCGGACCAAUUGAAACAUACCUGCGCAUUCGAGGCAAGGGACCAUACAAAACUUAUAUAGCCAUAUUUGUGUGCUUCUCAACGAAGGCAGUGCACAUAGAAAUAGUAUCUGAUUUGUCAACAGAUGCAUUUCUGGCCGCACUGAAGCGCAUGAUCGGCAGGCGAGGAUUACCAACUGAUAUAUACUGCGAUAACGCGACUAAUUUUGUAGGUGCCAGCAGAAAACUUCAAGAGUUGAAGAUGGCUCCGCAUUUUGGAGGCCUAUGGGAGGCCGCUGUGAAGUCAGCAAAGGGUCUUUUGAACCGCAGUGUGGCAAAUGGUCGCCUUACCUUUGAGGAACUGAACACAGUGAUGAUUUCUAUCGAAGCGAUACUAAAUUCACGGCCAAUUUCACCUUUGUCAUCAGACCCGAACGACCUUGAAGCACUGACUCCAGGCCAUUUUUUAAUAGGUAGCUCUCUUAAAGCAAUCCCAGAGCGAGAGGAAAUGUGCACCAACAUAGAUCAUAUUAGCAAAUGGGCUCGCACUGUUGCGAUCAAACAGUCGUUUUGGCGAAGAUGGUCACAUGAAUAUAUAAACAGCUUGCAAGCGCGGACCAAAUGGACGAGUGGUAAUCCUAAUGUAUUCGAAGGAUUGCUAGUGAUUAUCCAAGACGAGAACGCACCUCCGCAGCGAUGGACUAUGGGACGUAUCAUCAAGUGCAUUGCUGGCAGUGAUAAUCGCAUUAGAGUCGUCGAUGUUAAAACUUCAAGAGGAAUCUUACGCCGACCAGUUCAUAAAAUAGCUGUACUACCUGCUUGA